GCGCACGCGCCCUGUGGGGCUGUUAGCUGUCAGGCGCCGAGCUGCGGACCAGCGGCUGCAUCCGACGUCCGUUCCUGGACCCCGCGCUCCGAUCCCAGCGCCGCGACAUCCUCGAGGAGAGCGCGGCCCGGCCCCCGGCCAGAGCACAGAGGCAGACAGCGACCCGUGGGCAGCCGGCCGCGCAGGCGAGAUGGGCAACAGGGAGAUGGAGGAGCUGAUCCCGCUGGUGAACCGGCUGCAGGACGCCUUCUCGGCGCUGGGACAGACCUGCCUGCUGGAGCUGCCGCAGAUCGCCGUGGUGGGCGGCCAGAGCGCGGGCAAGAGCUCGGUGCUGGAGAACUUCGUGGGCAGGGACUUCCUUCCUCGAGGGUCAGGCAUCGUGACAAGGCGACCUCUUGUGCUGCAGCUUGUUACUUCUAAAGCAGAAUAUGCUGAAUUUCUACACUGCAAAGGAAAAAAAUUUACAGAUUUUGAUGAAGUUCGCCAUGAGAUAGAAGCAGAAACAGACCGAGUGACGGGAAUGAAUAAAGGCAUUUCUCCUAUACCCAUUAACUUACGAGUUUAUUCCCCCCAUGUGCUAAAUCUCACCCUUAUCGACCUACCCGGAAUAACUAAAGUUCCUGUGGGAGAUCAGCCGCCAGAUAUCGAGUAUCAGAUCAGAGAAAUGAUCAUGCAGUUCAUCACAAGGGAGAACUGUCUGAUUUUGGCUGUGACCCCAGCCAACACUGAUCUUGCAAAUUCGGAUGCACUGAAGCUCGCUAAAGAAGUUGAUCCUCAAGGUCUAAGGACCAUUGGAGUGAUCACCAAAUUGGAUCUUAUGGAUGAAGGAACAGAUGCCAGGGAUGUUCUAGAGAAUAAGCUGCUGCCUCUUCGCAGGGGUUAUGUAGGGGUAGUGAACAGAAGCCAGAAGGACAUAGAUGGGAAGAAGGACAUUAAAGCGGCCAUGCUGGCAGAGAGGAAAUUUUUCCUUUCCCAUCCUGCUUACAGACAUAUUGCUGAUCGUAUGGGCACCCCACACCUUCAGAAGGUCCUCAAUCAGCAACUCACCAACCAUAUUCGAGACACCCUGCCCAACUUCAGGAACAAACUGCAGGGGCAGUUGUUGUCCAUAGAACACGAAGUGGAAGCCUACAAAAACUUCAAGCCAGAAGACCCCACUAGGAAGACCAAAGCCCUCUUGCAGAUGGUUCAGCAAUUUGCUGUGGACUUUGAGAAGAGAAUUGAAGGGUCAGGAGAUCAAGUAGACACUUUGGAGCUCUCAGGUGGUGCUAAAAUCAAUCGCAUUUUCCACGAACGCUUUCCUUUUGAAAUAGUGAAGAUGGAGUUCAAUGAGAAAGAAUUGCGAAGAGAAAUAAGCUAUGCAAUCAAAAACAUACAUGGUAUCAGGACAGGAUUGUUUACACCGGACAUGGCAUUUGAAGCAAUAGUCAAGAAACAGAUUGUGAAACUGAAAGGGCCUUCCUUGAAGAGUGUAGAUUUGGUUAUGCAAGAAUUAAUCAACACUGUCAAGAAAUGUACCAAAAAACUGGCGAAUUUUCCCAGACUUUGUGAGGAAACAGAAAGGAUCGUUGCUAACCACAUUCGUGAGCGAGAAGGGAAGACAAAGGACCAGGUACUGCUACUGAUUGACAUCCAGGUCUCCUACAUCAACACCAACCAUGAAGACUUCAUUGGCUUUGCAAAUGCUCAGCAGAGGAGCAGUCAGGUUCACAAGAAAACUACAAUUGGAAAUCAGGGAACCAAUCUUCCGCCUUCAAGGCAAAUUGUCAUUCGUAAGGGGUGGCUGACCAUCAGCAACAUUGGCAUCAUGAAAGGAGGCUCGAAGGGAUACUGGUUCGUCCUCACUGCAGAAAGCUUGUCCUGGUAUAAAGAUGAUGAGGAAAAAGAAAAGAAGUACAUGCUUCCCUUGGACAACCUCAAAGUUCGAGAUGUAGAAAAGAGCUUCAUGUCUAGCAAACACAUAUUUGCCCUCUUUAACACGGAGCAAAGGAAUGUAUACAAAGACUAUCGUUUCUUGGAGCUGGCAUGUGAUUCUCAGGAGGAUGUGGACAGCUGGAAAGCAUCUCUACUAAGAGCUGGGGUCUAUCCUGAUAAAUCUUUAACUGAAAAUGAUGAAAACGGCCAAACAGAAAACUUUUCCAUGGACCCACAAUUGGAGAGGCAAGUGGAGACAAUUCGCAACCUUGUGGACUCCUACAUGUCUAUUAUCAACAAAUGCAUACGAGAUUUAAUUCCCAAAACGAUAAUGCACCUUAUGAUCAAUAAUGUUAAAGACUUCAUAAAUUCAGAACUCCUAGCCCAGUUAUAUUCUUCAGAGGACCAAAACACUCUGAUGGAGGAAUCUGCUGAGCAGGCUCAGCGCCGAGACGAGAUGCUUCGAAUGUACCAAGCCUUGAAAGAAGCCCUAGUGAUCAUUGGUGACAUCAACACGGCCACUGUGUCCACCCCAGCACCACCUCCGGUAGAUGACUCCUGGAUCCAGCACUCUCGAAGGUCACCUCCUCCAAGCCCCACAACCCAGAGGAGGCCUACGCUCAGCACUCCGCUCACGAGACCCACGUCAGGCCGAGGACCAGCUCCUGCCAUUCCCUCUCCAGGCCCCCACUCGGGGGCUCCCCCAGUCCCAUUUCGUCCUGGACCCUUACCUCCUUUUCCCAACAGCAGCGACUCCUUCGGAGCACCUCCACAGGUCCCCUCUAGGCCCACAAGGGCCCCACCCAGCGUUCCAAGCCGGAGACCACCCCCAUCACCAACUCGUCCUACUAUAAUCCGCCCACUAGAAUCCUCUCUGUUAGACUAAACGAAGUGUCUGGCAUGGCAAUUACUAACGAAUUAUGUGAAAGCAACAUAGCUGAUAAGUGUUGCAGUUAAUCAUGAGUAGUCGCAUGUGUGGACAUCAGUAGGCAAGUAACCAGUUUUACUAAUGCAUUCGUCACUCAUCUUCAUUGCUCAUGGUAUAUCUAUUUUGGUGGUUUGACUCUUGAAAACUUCUGAACCAAGAUCAGUUUAUAGAGCAACCCUAUACUUUGGGUACCAUUUGCCUGGCCUGGCGUAUAUUUGAAAUUGCUUUAGACAACUUUUCCACGUUGUCUGCCAGAUAGCUCAUUAAAUAUAAUUAUUAACAGAUAUGAGAUACUAAUGAGCUUAGAACUAAGACAUACAUAUUUCUUUUCCCAUUCUGUUUAGGAUGGCAGAAAUUCUCUUGUCUAUUAUUAGCGCUAUCACCUACCUGAUAAUUACAUAUUUAACUACUCUUCUUUAUUUCGUAAGACUGCUAGGAAGUGAUUUUUUUUAAACUGAAAAUCCAUAAGAAUAAGACUUUUCCAGAAGCACAAGGUAGUUUGCAAAGGAAAAGUCUCUAUUGUUUGCUCUAGAGAGCUGUUUCCCAUCCCAGUAUGUUUCGUUUCAUGCUACAAUCAUCAGCUAUGAUGAAAUCAAAGCUUCUUUGAGGUAAUAAACCAAUAUAGUUAAUUAGUUUUAGAGUUCAAGGAAGAAGCAAAACAUUCCAUCUCUAAAAGUGUCUGGAGAAAUGUAAUAUCUUUAUUUACAUACCUAGUCACCUCCUGGUACGUGGCAUUGAAGACCAAUCUGCAAAAUGUUUAAAUUUUCCAGCUAAUCUAAUUUUUGGCAUGACUAACUAUAGCAUCGUACUAACGCCCAUUUUGUUUAUCGUUUUGGUUGGAGCAAAAAAAUUCUUUCCAUUCUACUUUACAGUUCUCUUAUAUAUUUGAUAUAAAUAGUUAUGUAAGAGCCCUUUAAAAAGAGGUAGUGUGAGUAUCCAUUCUGAAUUCUUCCUCCUCCUCAAUCCUGGGGAAUGAAUAUAGGGUCUCUCACAUAUCCCAGACAAGUGAUCUUCCCCUGAACAACAUCUCCAAGUCAACACUUUAGCUUUCUUAAGAAAUCCUGAGACCUACUAUGAAGUAAUCAUGUUGAAAGAACAGUACCUGGGCUAGAAAGAAAAGUCAGUCAAAGAUAUCAUGGUCUAAGGCAGCCUUCUCACUUUUACAGAUACACCACCUUAGGAUCUGUACCUAGCUCACUGCAGGAAAUGAUACUGAAGCAUUGAGAUCCAAAGCAAACUUGCAGCUUCUAAAAUUUACAAAAACCACUUAGUUUGAAGCUUAAUGGUUCGGUCUUGAGGCUAGGUUUUGAACUACUGAGGACCAGAUGAUUAACAUGUAGGAAACAGUCAGAAGCCAAUUGGAAUUUUGUCUGCUAACUGUUCCCAGACAGCGGAGUCACUAUUCACUGAAUCAUGGUGUCCUAUGACAUUAUUUCAUAGUCUACAGAAGUAAAUCAGAUUUUACUAACUGAAAUGUCUCCCUUUGAAAUCAACAAACAUGAUUUGUAUGUUAACAUUAAUUUCCUGUGUAGUUUAUACUCAAGGCAGAUACUCAUAAAGUAUGAAAUAAAACCUUUUAACCAUUAUUAAAGAGAAUUUGCCACAUGGAAUGACAUUGUAUUGAACAUAUUCUAAAGGGUUACAGCUAGCCCAGUUAUGACAGGGAAAAAAUGUAAAAUACAAGAUUUACAAAAAGGACAUAUGAACAUUCAAAUUCACAAGUGAUUACAAAAGAACAUUUCCACCCUAAUGUCCUUUUAUAGCUUAUAUUUUUCUCUUUGAAAAAAUUAAUUCUUUGCCAAUGUGCAAGACAUAAAGUACAUUUUAGCAAUAAACUCUUACAUAUACAAACAGUAAAGAAAUCUGCAGUGAAUUUUUUCAUAAAACUUCCUCUUUUUAGGAUUCCCUUUGCUUCUUCCUUUGAAUUCUCUAAAAUAGGCAGCUAACAGAUUAUAUACUCCAGGGUUUGGCUUUGUGCUAAAUGUGGUUUUGCAUUCUGCUGUAUUUCAAAAAUUUCCUUCUGUUAGAAGAAAAUAUUGUGGACAACCACUGGUGCGUUCUCAGAUCAGCACAAACCAUGUCAAAGAAAAUUGGAGAUAUUUUUUUCCAAGUUUCUUUCCAUGGAUCUUAGGCAGUCAUAAACAAUGGUAUUUGUCAUCAUUGGCUUUUGUCUUUAGAUUAUAGUCCCACAGAUGUGCUGUCCCAACUGUCUCCCUUUGUUAGUUCAUUUUUAUUCUGUUUUACUCCUAGUUAUGUCUAAUAGAACCCAGUCUCCCCGAAAUUUCAGCAGUCACAUUUGAGAAUAUUUCCAGUUUGCCAUAGUACUCCACAUCCUAAGGGUUUGCAGUCUGCUAAGAGGAGGUGUCAUUGUGAAUGAAGUCUGAAGCUCCAAAUGUAUGUGUAGAGUUUGAGGUUCAGCAUGCACAUCUGGCCUUAGGAUGGGGAUGUAGCUUAAAGAGCUUUCUGUUUCCCGCUCCAUUUCUAAUUGUUCUGAUGUUGUCAGCACAACAGAUGUCGCUCCGUCUUGUCUAGUAUCCUGAGAAAAACAUUUUUAGGAUUGGAAAAAUUAAACUGUAUAUGUUUGUUUGAUAGGUGAAUCUAAUUUUGUAGUCAUAUGCUAAAUUUUGCAUGCUCAUGAACUAAUUGGGAUAACCAUUUACUCAGCUGUGGACAGACAGAAAUCGUUGAUUUAGAACAGGCAUAUUGCAUAUCCAGAAUUCACUUGCCAAGAAUAUCCUUCUGAGUGUUGCUUUUAGCUGUGUUUUAUGACAUAGUAGAGCAGUAUGGUCUGUUUAUCGGCAAAUUUGCUCUAUGUUCAGACAUCAACUCAUCCCAAAACACAGUGAAACCAGUUUCCGUGCUAUAACUAUAAACCUUCAGAACUUAGGAUAAAAGUUAGCCACAUAGAUUAAUUUUGUGACUUUUUAGUAUAGACUGUAGCCAUAAAUCUAAAAUAUGAAAUGGGACCUAAUACCAGUAUGUGAUAAAUGUUGAUGUUUUCUGUGUACAAACACAUUUUCUAUGCAUGUGUCUCUGAGUAUACGGUAUAUACAUAGUAAAUUUGUCCCUGUAAGUACAUGUAUUUUUUUCUGUUUAAGUAAGUUUAGAAACACUUGUUAAAAUAUCAUAAGCAUGAGAGUGAUUGAAUGUGCAUUGUAUAUAUAUAUGUAUAUGUAUCAGUGUAAAUAUAUAUGUAAACCUGUACUUACAUAUGUGUGGGUAUGAAUAUAUUUUUAAACUGUUAAUCCAAGAGAUAUCUUUGGAGGAUCUUCCAUAACACAUAAUAACAGUGGUUCACUUCUAAUGACAUAAAUGAAACAUAUAAAAUGUCCUAACUUCUGAUCCUAUUGUUUCUGAGAUGCACGAAGCUUAUAAUAACCAUGACAACAAAGUGACAUCCGUAGGCAUUGAUAUCUAAAUCCACAGCACUGCUUUCUAAGAUGGAAUUACCUUUGACAAUAUAAAGCUUGAGAACUGUAAGAGCUGGAAACCUGCCUUUAAGAUCUCCAGGUAGAAUUAUAAGUUAUUAUUAAAUUGCCAAACUGAAUGUUCCAAAGCUAAACUGAUCAUGUAAUCAUUUUUUCUUUAUAUGAAAAGUAAAAAAACCAGAGGUAUUUAGCCACAUAGUAAAAGUAAUGGACUUUUCUGAGUAAAAUUGCUUUGUAAAUGCAAGGGAGAAGUUACUUAAUUCCUUGGAGGUAGAUUACCAACUUUUUCAAAUAAACAUUUCUCAUUUGGCAGAUGGUAUGAUUUUUUGAAAUUGAAUUUAGAUUUAAGAAUAAAGCUGAAUAGUAGAUCUCUGAACUGUUGAACUCAAUGUAAAAUAGAUCACCAGUGAGGCUGGGUUCUGUACUGUUUCACCUAGAGGACCACGAUCUGUGAGCUCAGAGUUUAAUGUGGAUGAAAGUACAUGAUUUUGGAGAAACAGUGGAUAUCUCACCAGCUAGAUCACUCAGUCCUUCCUAAAGAGCUCUAAUGUGUCUUCUAGAUAAUCUUAGUCCUUCUGUCUAGUUGGUAUAUUUAAAAUUGUGUGGUGCUCUGUAUGUGAAACUUUAAGACUAUUUUUGAAAUAUAUGUAAUAUAUGCAUUACCAUUUGUGUGUGUGUAUAUAUAUAAAUGCAUAUAUGUAAGAAUGUGUGUGUGAGACAACAAGAGAGAAAACUCAAGGAAGCGUCUUUUGGCUUAGAUUGUUCAUACUGAUGUACUGGUAAGACUUCUCACCUUUAUGGUGGAGGGUUUCACAUGUGGCUCAGCAUUAAUUUCUUUUUAAUUUUAUCCUUCUAUUCUUUAAACUUUGCUUGUGAUGUAAGUUUUAAAUUUUGACACAAAUUAUUCUGCCUUCUUGCGUUGACCUCUGCCAGUCUGUAAGUCACCUACCCAACCAGAGAUCUUACCACUAUUAAUUUGGUGUGUAUUUUAUUUCAUGUGGACAGCCUUUAUCUUGUUACGUCUGUGUUCCUAUUUUCUCCCUUUUCUGACUCGAAUUCUUCUUUCACUUUUUUUAAUGAAAUAGUAUAUAAAAGUGAAAUCUUGUGUUCUCUGUUGAUUCCUUAAUUAAUAUGAGCCAGAAUACUUUUGCUGUCUUCUGGGCACUUUCCGGAUUUCUAACUGCUGAUACAAGGACUCUGUGAAUGGAAUUUUUGAAGCAAAUUCUUAAAACCUGUAUCAUUCUUGAAGGUCACAUGUACCUAUUGUGAAAACGUGACGCUGUAUUUCUGAACCUGAAAUAAAUUAUAACAUUUGAAGGA